AUGAAUAGUGGAGCUGGCAAACGCACUGGCUCUCGACAUGUCCUGGUAGUUUUAAUAUUAUGCAUACUCUGGUACAUUAUUUCAUCCAGCAAUAAUGUUAUUGGUAAAAUGGUUCUGAAUGAAUUUCCGUACCCCAUGACGGUGACAAUGAUCCAACUAUGCAGCAUCACAUUAUACAGCGGACCAUUCUUUAAUUUAUGGCGGAUAAGAAAAUAUCAAGAUAUACCAAGGGGCUAUUAUUUCCGUUUGAUAAUACCUUUGGCUUUUGGUAAAUUUUUAGCUUCCGUAACAUCACAUAUUUCACUGUGGAAGGUACCCGUGUCUUAUGCUCAUACAGUUAAAGCUACCAUGCCAUUGUUUACGGUGAUUCUGACGCGUUUGAUAUUUCGGGAAAAACAACCUACACUGGUCUAUUUGAGUUUGAUACCAAUUAUAACGGGAGUUGGUAUUGCAACUAUGACAGAAAUAUCUUUUAAUAUGAUGGGUUUAAUAUCGGCUUUAAUAUCAACCAUGGGCUUCUCUUUGCAGAAUAUAUUUUCCAAAAAGGUGCUUAAGGAUACUGGUAUUCAUCAUUUACGCUUAUUACACUUACUUGGUAAAUUAGCUUUAUUCAUGUUUUUACCGAUUUGGUUAUAUGUUGACAGUUUUAAAGUUAUACAACAUCCAGCAAUUACAAAUUUAGAUUAUCGUGUUAUAGCUUUGCUAUUUGCCGAUGGCGUUUUAAAUUGGCUACAGAAUAUAAUUGCAUUUUCGGUGCUAUCCCUGGUUACGCCGCUAACUUAUGCUGUGGCAAGUGCAUCGAAACGUAUUUUUGUUAUAGCUGUAUCUUUGGUGAUAUUGGGAAAUCCAGUAACAUGGGUAAAUUGUUUUGGCAUGGCCUUGGCAAUAUUAGGUGUACUAAGCUACAAUAGGGCAAAACACAUAAGUAAAGAUAAAUCCAUUAUACCUACAACAACACAAAAAAGUAAUAUAAAAUACACUUCAUUACCGAAUAAUGUUGAUCCUUAUUAUCGUGGUUCAGUUACAACAAAUCACAAAAUUUCGAAUGGCUAUAGUUCGAAAAAUACCGCAAAUAGUCUUUUAGCUAAUGGUAGUACUAUGCCUAAUGGUAGUACAACUCGUCUCUUAUUUGUUUAGUUCAAUUUUAAAUAACUUUUUAAAAGUGAAAAAAGAAAGUUUUGGAAUUUAGAAAUACAAUUUUAUUUAUAAAAAAAAUAUAUAUUUAAAGUUAAAUUUUAAGUUAAACAUCUGCAGGCUAUCAUUUUAUUUUAUUUUUGCCAUAUUCUUGUAAAACUUCUUAAAUGUGAUUUCAUUUCAAUUCUCAGUAUUUUUUGUUACAUAAUUUUUUAUCUAUCGAACGAUUUUUAAAUGUAAAAUAAUGAGCCCUUUUCUUUUACUUUAAUUUGUUCUUGUUCCAUUGCAAUAUUUAAAAAUGUAAAUACACCAAUUUUAAAAAGUAUAAAAACGAAAUAUUAGAAAUUACUGCUAUAAACCUCCUAUUUUUAAAGUUUAAGAAUAUAUUCAAUUAACAAAAAUAUAUGACGCAAACUUUUGUAUAUAUCGUAGAGAAAAGAACUACGUUAACAAAUACAUACAUAUAAAUUGUAAAUUGUUUAUUAAAAAAUAAAAAAAGUAAUUUAAACAACUGGAAAA